UGAUCUCACUGACUGUGUCAUCGCAGCUCUAGCUCUGGUAGCGGUGUGGGAUAGUCGCUAGUGUGGUGGUCGGUCUCGCGACGGCAAAAUGGCGGCAAGAAAGAAAGACGGCGCACCUGAUCAAAAAUACUACGAAAGCGUCGAGACGAUCAGCCAGUUUGAUGUCGUGAGUACAUGGCUGUGCAGAAACUGGAAAAAGUAUAUUCAGUCUGACUCGCCCAACUCGAAGACACUUGCCUCGUUGGUAUAUUCCAUUUUGCUUUUCCAAGAGGAAACUUUGGGUCGCGCUGCCUCCAACACACCUCUUAUCAAGAUUCCGGUGAAGUUGUUCUUGGACUACUCGGAAGGAGGCUCGCUGUGCCAUAUCCUCCUUGCAGCGUACAAGACUAAAGCCAGCCAGUCCUGGAGAAGAUUUGAUUUUCAAUCACCGUCCCGUGGUGACGCCAAUCUUGAGCUUCUGCUCAAUAUUCAACGUGGUCUCACUCAGAAUCAACUUUGGACUCCACCAAGGGUGUUCUUUGAGAAAGGUUUCAACAAGGACACCUUAGCUACGCUGAGAGGAAUCCUUGAACGUAGCGAGGGUGUUGAAGUUGAUGCCAGCGAGGACGCGUCGCACGUUAUCGUGUCCGCUAACGUUCCCAACACUGUUGGCGACUGGUAUCGCCCGAUAGAGAAGCGCGGCUCCGAGGUGCUGGUGCAUUGGUGGUACUACCCUGACAGCUACAACACCUGGUUGCCUGGAAGUAACGAAGUGCCAGAUCGGCAGCCUAAGCAUUCCGGAGUUUGGACGGUCACAUCCAACUGGCUACUAGACAUGGAGCAGUUCAACGAGUGGAUGAAUGAAGAGGACUACGCGGUGGACAGCUCUGGCAAGACAACCCAGUCAUCCUCAUCUGCACUCAUUGCCAAGAAUCGCAAGAGUUCUCGUGGAGAGUCUUUGGAUGCCUCUCUGGAAACUCAAAGUUCUUCUCGCAAGUCCAAAUCUGGGAAGAAACGCAGGAAUGAAUCACCAGAUCCGGAACCUACCACUCCUAGGAGAAAGAAGACCAGGACAGCUUCAUCUACUGCCACAGUGCCACCAUCACCUUCCACUGCCACUCCAACCUCUUCGAAAAGAAAGUCCAAGAUUGAAGUUCCUGAGGAAGAAGACCUGACAAAGGGUAUGCCUGACCCAGACCCUGUGCAGAAGCUGACGCCUGUACACAUACCAGUCACAACUGGUAGACCUUCAUCAGAGAUGGCUCCCAUCCGAGGGGCACAGCUGGAAGAUAUCUCAGAUUAUACGCCAAAAGCACUCCCGGAACCACCCGUGGAGAAGCCAAGCAGUCCUAGCCCGGCAGCAUCCAAGACGGCAUCGGACACUGCUGCUUCAUCUCAACAGAGUAGAGCUGAGAGUGACCGCACUGCCGAGUCACCCAUGGAUACUGCGGAAACUGAUGCACCCGCGGCGGCAGACGAUGAAUCCGGAAAGGCAGCGGCAAAGUCUGACGACGGCCCGGAGGAUGUGGCCAGCAAUGCAUCUGCCGCUGAAAAGGAAGGAGAAGGGGGAGAGGAGGAUGGCGAUGGUGAUGACGACGACGAGAAGCCGUCCGACGAACAGUCUGCCGAAGACCUCGUGGUGGAACAGACCCACCAUCUUGUUGUUCCGAGCUAUGCAGCCUGGUUCGACUACCACAGCAUUCAUGCCAUUGAACGCCGUGCCCUGCCAGAGUUCUUCAGUAGCAAGAACAAGUCAAAGACACCAGAGAUGUAUUAUGCCUAUCGUAACUUCAUGGUCGACACUCAUCGACUCAACCCUAGCGAGUACCUGACUGCCACGGCAUGCAGGCGGAAUCUCUCCGGUGACGUAUGCGCCAUUAUAAGGGUGCAUGGUUUCUUGGAGCAAUGGGGCUUGAUCAACUACUCUGUCAACAUCGAUGCGCGUCCGUCUGCCAUGGGCCCCCCUCCGACAUCCCACUUCAUGCUCUUGGCCGACACACAGCCAGGUCUUCAGCCGUUGCAGAUAGGCACUAAGCCAACGAGUGCAAUGCAGCAGGUUUUGGACUUGCCAAACUCCAGCAGUGCUGGGGACAAUGCAACUGCUGCAGCCGCUACUGGCGGCAGUGACAGUGGCAAGGCUCCGUCGGUGCAGGCGUUUGGACUACGAACAGACGUGUUUGGCAAGAAGGAUGGCAGGACUAGACCGUCGUCGAAACCAUGGACGCCGAAAGAGACACAAGACCUCCUCGCUGCCCUGGAAGAGCACAAGGAUGACUGGAACAAGGUCGCCGAGCGGGUCGGAACACGAACGCAGGAUGAGUGCAUCCUGCACUUUCUACAGCUGCCCAUCGAGGAUCCAUAUUUGGAUGAGGACACGAAACUUGUCGGUGGCCUCUCUGCCCACCAGCCAAUCCCAUUCAGUCAGAGCGGUAACCCAAUCAUGUCGACCGUGGCUUUUCUGGCUUCGGUUGUCGACCCGCGUGUAGCGAGUGCUGCUGCAAAGGCAGCUUUAGCUGAGUUCUCUCACAUGAAAGAUGAAGUGGAUACAGAGAAGAAAGCUGCUGGAGCUGCAUCUGCCACAGCCAAGUCAUCUAGCAAUGAGAAUGGUGAAGAGACUGGUCCAAGCUCAGAGGAGAGAGAAGCUGCAGAGGCACAGCUGAAAGCUGCGGAGGAGAAGUUGAACAAUGCCCAUGCUGAUGAAGCAACUAUUGCAACUGCAUCCGCGGCUGCACUGGCAGCGUCAGCCGUGAAGGCAAAGCAACUAGCACUUAUUGAGGAGAGAAAACUGCAACAGCUAACUAUGGUACUCAUUGACCUGCAAAUCAAGAAGAUGGAAAUCAAGAUGAAGCAUUUUGAGGAUCUGGAGAGGUUACUCGAGGAAGAAAGUCAAUCUUUGGAAGUGCAGCGACAGCAACUUCUUUCUGAACGGCAACUCUUCCAGCAACAGCAAUUCCAGGCUACGGAGCAAGCGGCUUCGGCAUCUGCAACUGCCACACCUACUCCUGUGACUGCAGGAGCAGCAUGUGCUAUUCCUGUCACUGGAGCUGCCCCACCAGCAACAAGUGGAUCGCUGCUGCGUAUAGGCUCAUCAUCGUCACAGGUGUCCAGUGCUGGCCAGCUGCAGGGAACAUCGCCCAUGCAACAGCUGCAACAGCGAUCAGCUGCCCUAACACAGGCGCAGCAGCAUCAACAGCAGCAACAGCAGCAGCAGCAGCAGCGUCAGUUUCAACAGCAGCAGCAGCAAAAGGCAGCACUUCUCUCGCAAUCGCAGCAGAUGUCUGCGCUGGGCGGCAGUCAGUCGUCAAUACCCCCGGCCAUGGGUAUGAUGCCUGGUGCGGUUCAACCGCAAAUGCCUGCUGUUGCUGCUGCUGCUGCUGCUGCUGUUACACCAGCAGGAGCAGCAUCGGCGGCAGGAGGCGCUGCAGCCAUGUCCCAGCAACAGCAGCAGCCAUUUGAUCCCGCUGCAAUGCAGAGCUAGAUCGAGCGCUUUCAUUACAGCGGCCGAACAGAAUACUGGCUGUGAGACCAGCCUGGUGCUGUGAUGCAGCGUUAGCCUGUGUCCUGUGACGGUAGCUCAGGUGUGCUGUUUGAAUGCCAAAGUCAAUUUGACUCCGUAUUCCUGCACAUGCUGUCUUGCUGACUCUGUGCAGUGAUAAGACUGAAGCAGUGGACCAAGACUAUAAAUAUAAGACUGACAGGCACCGACAUACCUCGUAAUCAUGUGAACUGAAGCAGUAGAUAAUUUUCUGCAUAUCAUGGCUAGUUUCAUAGUAAAGUAGUAAGCCAUUGGCACUGUGUCGUAUUUCACAAAACUCACCCCGUAUUUAUGCAUGCUUGCUUCACGUGUUCACCGACAACGUACUUCUCAUAUGCCCUCCUCAUGUUUGCAUUCUCGCACUGUGUUGCUUGUGUUUCCUGCCAACACGUUCUUGAAUAAUACCCUUGCUUCCUUCCCGUGUAGCCGUAGCUGUCCGUUUUUGUUUGUUUUGUUUUUAUUCUCCUUUACUCAGAACAGAUGUGUGCGUGUGUGUGUGUGUGUGUCAUCUAUGUGUUUUCCAGCUCCUAGACCACCAAUAUGUAUUGUGUUUUGUUGCUGUUGUGCUAUGUGGUGGCGAUAUCAGUGUCACAUUAACGUGAAACACUAUUGCCAUGCUCUCUUCACCGGCGCCGCUGUUUCUGAAGUACUUGAAAUUGUAUGUGUUUCUAGCUUUGGGUCCUUCGUUUCUAGCUAGAAUUCUGAGCCUCCUGCUUGCUCUUCUUGCAUUGUUACAUUUCCGUAGGCUUUGACCUGCAUAGCUUUGUGGCUGUUCAGGCUGUUACAUUCUUGUUCAACUCAGUUCAAUUUGUCUUGUCCGUUCUAUCUCUGCCUGCUUUAUGUUGGUCUCAGUGACUUUCACUUUGCCAUGCUGGA